AUGGUGCUGGAAGAGCUUGGAUUGAGCUCCGAAAAAUGCUCACACACGGUUCGCGGCGUAGGUGUGGCGGUGUUCGUGGGCGCCAGUACCAUUUACCGAUGCGUUUGGGUGCCGGCGGCGGGAUUGCGCGACUACGACAAGCUGGCGCGCAUCAUGUACCUGUACGAUUCGGAGGCGUGCGGGCGCCGCGUGGCCGCUGCGCUCGCCAUCGCCAACUUGCGGCUGAGCAACGCAACAGGCACGCAGGCGCGCGGCGUGCGCCCCGUGCGCUGGCGGCCCGCCCUCGUCACCGUCUCCGCUAGCCUGUCCGCUGCCACUAGAUGGUACCUGAACUUCAGCGUUGCGAUACACGCGCUGUGGUUGCUAUCGGCCGUGUUCCUCAACAUAUUAGUGAAGACGUGCGCGAGGCUCCGUCUUCAAAAGAUCGGCCUCUCGUUGUUUUUGUACGCGUCGGUAUCGGUGGUGAUUUUCGACCUGUCCAUGGCCAUCGUGUACGCGUCGCACAUCAAGAAGAGCCUGACCAAGGGUAUGAUCCUGCGGUACAGCGGGUGGAGCGUCGAGAUGAAGCUGGAGAACUAUUCGGCGUGGGGGGGCUGGGUGCCUCUAGCGGCGGCGCUGUGCUGGGCGCGCGGCGGGCCGUUCGAAUGUCUCAACAUGUACUGCUGCCGCGCCGUGCAUCUCACACUGCGCGGCGUGCGCAAGCGGGAGGUGAAGCGCCGGCUCACGUUGGUCGUCAACCCUCCGCUGCCGGAGGCGCGCUCCGAGAACCCUAGCGACGGGACGGUUCUGUACUUUAGGGCCGGCGAGCACAUUCCCUUCAGGGGGAAUAGGGUCAGCAGGGUCUUCUAGCAUAUCUAUACUAAUUAAAAUCACGGCUAAGCUC